AAUUUACAAUGAUUGAAGAAAGUAAAACCUUAACACAACCCAAAGUGUAUCACACAAACACAAUUGAAGUAUAUUGGCAAGUGAUCAAAGCAAAAAUACUGCCAAGAGAAUGCAGAUACUUAUUUUCAGAAUUAUUAGUCUUUAUUUGGAAAAAACAAAACCCUCAUGAUCAAUUUGAAGCCUUUAUCAAGUGUUUACAGAACAUGGCUAAAUUAAGUACCACAGGAAUUGAAUCAGAUAUCAUUAAAGAAUCAGAAGAAAUUGAUGAAGACCCUGAAAAGGACUCCAACUUUGACAAAAAAAGUUACUUAUCAGAAAAACAAAAGAACCCUGAAAAAGAAAUAAUAUCAAGAACCUGA